AUGGAUACUAUAAUGCAAGUUGGAGGAUAUUCUAAUUUAUCUAAUUUAAUACAUAUUAAUGAAAAGCAUAGUUUUCAUAUAACUGAAAGUUCUAAUACAACAACUACAACAACUUCCAUAUCUAUGUCAACAUUACAAACAUCAACAAAAUUAACUAAAACCUUAAAUCAUUAUUCUAUAUUAUCAGAAAUGAAUCAAAGAAAUAAUUAUCAUAAAUUAAAAUUACAAGAACAAUAUCAAUCUAAUCAAAAUAUAAGUGAUCAUCAUCAUCAUAAUAAUAAUAAUAAAAAGGAUAAACGAACUAGAUACACUGAGGAUAAUAUUCACGAUCCAUCCUCUAUGAUCAAUUAUAUAGAUAAUAGUAGUAAUAAUAGUACUUAUGAAAAUGAUCUAAUUGUUAAAGAUGAUGAUAUGGAUGAAGAUGAUGUUGACGAUGAUGUUGAUGAUGAUGAUAAUAAUAAUGAUGGUAAUGAAGACAGUAUUGAUAUUGAACAUUCUAUUAAGAAUUUUAAUAAUAACAAUAAUCAAAAUAUUCAUUUAUUAAAUACUCCAAAAUUAAUUACGCAAAUGUAUAAAAAUACUAGUAGAAAGAAAAUUUCACGUUUAGAUAUAAAUAAUGAACAAUUAUAUCAAGGAACACCGAUGACAACAACGACACUGACGACGACGACGACGACGACAACAACAACAACAACAACGACAAUCACUGAUCAAUAUUCAUCAAGUCACGAUAUUAAACGGAUAACAACUUAUCCUACAUCUAGUAAGUGA